AUGGGUUUGACGAUUUCCUCACGUCCGCCGCGUCGUCGUGAUCGGUCAACACCCAGUCGUGAUGGACGUGCAGUAGAGAUCGGCUCCGGUCAAGACUCAACUCCGAGCUCCCGAAGUAAAUCAGCCAAAGAUUCCCGUCGUGCCAAACUGAAACGUUCUAAUACAGAUUAUAGUUUGUUCCGUUUAAAACAAGCGGACUGGCCACACGAACUGACCUCCUCACACACAGUCAGUCGAUUUCGAGGCCUGGAUUUGGUCAGCAGCCAGGAGUUUCCAAUCAGUCGAAACUCGACGAAAUCCGCUAUGGAUCAAUACGAUUUUGGUGAUGUGAACGGUCGAUCUGAAUCAGUGGGGCAAUUGCGUUCGGUCCCGCAUACACCCCUUAUACCACCAAGAUCAGUACCAACUCCAAUCCUGACCCCGUCCUCACACAAACCCGUACAAACGUCCACUGGAAUUCAACAUUCAUCCAGUUCUAUGCGGAAACACUAUGUGACUGAGUUGACCAUGGGACACCCAACACCCUACCGCAGUCCAGUGAAACGAUUUUCUCCUUCGUUAGAGUAUUGCCUUCAAGAGGAUUUCAACAACACACUGUAUUAUGACACCCGAGAACCAUACCCUUUCCACUUGAAUGGCAGUCCGGAUCUGCCUCAUCUUAGGCCAUAUCAGGUGCAUCAUCGGCUCAAUUCAGAACAGCCGCGUAAACCGCAGAAUUUCCUUCCAAUGGUGGAUCAAAUUCUGUUUCGCGAAAACGGUGGAUUUCGUAACGAAGAAAGCACUUCAACGUACGUAAAGCGUUCCCGAUAA